UGUUCAUGCAACAUAACCCAACAAAAUCAAACGAUGAACAUUUUGAAAAACUUCAAAAAACAAUGUCGCAACUCCUCCUAAGUCAACUCCUAGCCGAAAAAGUACCUCUAGACCAAAUUCUACGAUGGAUUUCAUUAACAGAGGCAAAGCAUAAACAUGAAUUUUCCUGCUCACGCGGCGAGUUUAUCUCACAUCUAUUGAAUUUUAUCCAUGACGAAGCCCUUUGCUUUGAAAAGUAUCGAGAGACACCAAAAAAGGUGCAAACACCAAAAUCCAUCAGAAAAUUAGAAAUAUCAACCAAACCACGCCGUAGACCAGCAUUAUUCAAUCAAAACGAGUCAAAAAAUGACUGCAGAAUUGAAGAGAAGAAACAAAUUCAUCCAUUAUCACCUGUCUCACCACUCUACACCAGAUUAAACACACAAUCAGUGGAGAAUUCACCUGGAGGUGCAACUCCCAAGUCAAAAAACUUCUGUCUGGGUGAUUUUAUCUCACCAAAUCGAAAAUCAACCACAAUAACACCCACAGGAAGAGAUAAAAAACCAUCUACACCUUCUGCUGGUGAUUCAAAGAGGACAAGACGCAUUAAUCCGACGAAUGUAGCGCAGAGAAAGAGUUUAAACACUGAGAAUAGUUUUGAUUUCAAAAAUGACAGUACACCGAAUGUGAAACAAGUAAAAGAAACGAAAACCAUCGUACCGAAAGCCCCACAGAAAGAAAUCCCGCCGGAUUUAACAAAGACAACAUCCAAAACACAAUUAAAUAUAUUAAUCACACUUUACGUGGAGUUAAUUGAUAGCAAUAAAGUGCUAAAUGUGACCAGUGAAUUAUAUUUCAUUAUAACUCUAUUGUUAUGUAAGCAAUUCGAUGCGGAUUACUUCCCAUCGCCGAUUUUCGCGUCGAUACACAAUGUUGUGUACUUCGCGUUGAAUUGUCUACGGAAAAUCGCUGAUUUUACCGAUAAUAAACUCUUGAACUUGUUGGAUAAGUCCACGUUGAGGUUACUCACGAGUAACGAGCGUGUAAAGUCACUGGAUGCGUGUUUAAUGGAAAAAAUUGUUAGUUUGAGUGAAGAUUUGAAAGAAUCACCCAGAAAAUCAGUGGAAAUUGAUGAUAUGUUCGAGAAACACGUGUGUUUUGAUUUCGAGACUGAUAACAGGGAGAAUUUCCCGUCGGAUGCGUCAUUUCAUGCGUUCAGGAAGCAGCGGGAUAUGUUUUACGAGAUUCUCAAUGCUUGGGAGACGAAUCACACGGCGGACGGGUGGAAUUUCGCUGCUGGAUUGGGUGGGAAAGUGCGUAGUUUGAUGGGGAUGCAUUCAGACCCGGCGAAUUUUCGACAUUUGAGUCGAUUGGUGAAAGCACAGCUGUUGAUAACAUGCACGAAGAUACAGAGUGAAUCUCUACCAGAAAACCACCUCUCCUUCCUCACAACGCUCCCGAACGUCAACGCAGAGAAACUCAACCGUCUAAAAACCCGCCUAGUUGCCAAAGACCAAUCCCCUGGGAUAAAUGCACCGCCCACCUUCCCCGGACACCAAGAAUUCUACAAAGAGUUAAUAAUACAAGCGCAGACACACGUUUUCUGCACACAUCUACGCAAUGUACUCAUUCAAGAUCUACUACAACUCAAUGAUACAACUUUCGAGACUGACGCAGGCAUGUUUGACCAAUCCACCAGAUCAAACUACUGCCUAGUGGUGAAAUCACUGCAAUUACUAGCAAAAUUCAUCAGUUUGAUUGAAAGCAUGCCCUAUACAUCAUGUACGAUGAUUGUCAACGAUAAAAUCACCCUGGAGGAAGUCGAAUCUCGCUCGUGGAUGGCGCCACCUAUUGAUUUAUAUCAGAAGUUGACCAUUGCGAUGGAUAACGGCCAUCUUGUGCUCCUGAUUCCAUGGCUAGUGGAGUAUUUAGCCAUGUUGGAUGGGACUUCGUUGAGACUGCCGUAUUUCGAGAGGAUUUUUGAGAAGUUGUUUGAGAUAUUCCUGAAUUGUCCGCAUUAUUAUAACUACCAGUUGAUACGGUGUUGUCUUGGAUGGUUAUUUGAGCAGAGUCACUUCCCCAGUGAGAAUUAUUUUCAUUUUUUGAAUUUUAAACACAGAGGGAUUAAGUGGAGGGGAGGGAUGAGUAAAGAUUGUGUGGAUUCAGUGCGUAUGGUUGAUUUGAAUAUGAUGUAUAGGAUUUGUCCGUUCCUGAAGGAGUUUAAGAAACUGUUGCAGUAUAAUUGUAAUAGGAAUGGGAGUAUUACGUCGAAGCAUAUUACGCCGGUGACGGCGAUUGAGACGAUUAGUAGUGAGAUGAAUGAGAGGAGGAUGAAGCUGCAGCUGCAGGAGGCUUUUUUGAAUUCCAGGCCGAGUUCGUUGAGGAAGACGUUGGAGUUUGUUAGUGAGAGGAUUGCGAGUUGUAUUGUGAAGACGAUUUGUAAUAAUAUUGUGCCGGAUGUGAAGGCGAGGGUUACGCAUGAGAGGAAGAAGUUGUUUGUGAGGUACGCGCAGGUUGAUACGACGGAUGGUGUUGUUAAGAUGGAAAUCAAACAAAAACUAACAAAAAUCAUCGAAAACCACCUCGAGGAACUAAAAAACGACUGCGAAAACACCCUCACAACUCAAAUAGACACCAAAAUCCAUCCUGCAGUACUCUCACUGGUCUGCAGCGAUGAAUUACAAGAAACAGUCGACGUCUGCACACAAAUCACAAGCAGAUUAUGUGAAGAACGCGUCCGACAAUGGAUUAACACACGAAUUAACACCAGUGUUUUCAAAGAAUUCGACAUGGAUAUCGAACGCAUUGACAAAUUCCUAACAAAAGAACGCGAGGAAAGCACAAAACAAAAGUUUAUCACUUUACCCACACAAGGACGCAGCAAUAUACAACAUAUUGACAGUGACGACGAAGAAGACUCUUCAGAAUGUGCAAUUAAUCCGUCUAAACUAUUAACACAACUUCAACGAACAAAUUCUAAACUUUUACAUGAAAAAAUUACAGGAAACUGUAAAAUAACGGUGAAAAACGCGGUGGAUUUGCUUCAAAACGCGAGAAAAUGUCAUCAACAACGUAGUGAUCUUAGUGAUAUCGCCUGGCAUCAGAUUAAUCAACUUAUAGUUGAUUAUUUUAUACUUUUAUGUAAAUCAUGUCCGGAAGUUACAUCUUCACCACUUCUUGAUGAGUUUAUAUCCUUCUGGAGUGAUUGCAACGAAAUUUACCUCAAGGACAUCUUCAUCGGCAUAAUCUCCAUCAGAAAUAUAGUUAUUUUAAUGCAUGCGCCUCAAAAUGCAUGGAAAACUUACUCUAAUCUCCUAUCACGUCUACUCAAACAUAAUAUUUUAUCUUUGGAUGAUUUUGAGACGCAAUGCUUGGCUGUGUUUCGUACUAACUGGGAAUCUGAUACACUUGGAAGAAUCUGUGAGUGUUUUCAGGUUGUUGUUGAUCAACACGAUGGUAAAGAUCAAUUUACUUUCCUGUUGGGCUUCCUGGCUGAUUAUUGUUCUGAUCUGGACUUUUAGAUGAUGUGCAAAGCUGUAAUAUGACAAAUAAGAUAUUUUUUAUUAUUAAAAAUAGGUUAUGUAUAUA